GCCAUCGGCGGAACCCGCUUCAUGACAUCCUGAAAAUGGCCGACGUUUUAUCGUUGAAAGAAUCGGUUUUGGUGUAUUUAGACAGAAGCGGCGGUCUUAAAAAACUCGCCGGAGACUGCAAACGUUUUAACGGCUCCCAGCAGACCGAGGCAGUGUACCGGCUGUGUGUCAGUGUUAACCCCUGUGAUGUGAUGGAGCUGGAUCCUGUGCUGGGGGACUGUGUUCUCCAUGACCCCCUGAGAGCGACAGCUUUGUUUCAGUCUGUUUGCUUCCUGGCCGUAAAGACCCUUUCGCUUAUUGAAAAAAUACACAUGGAGAGUCAGUGUGUGUGUGUUUCUUUUGAGGUGAAUGUUAUUCUGAAGUACACACACCUGCCUCCAUUCCCCGAGUACACACUGGACCUCUCCAGUUUUCCUCGUGCAUAUCGCCCUAUGAGGCCUGUCUCUAUGGAAGGCCUGGUCAUUGCCAUGACAAGGGUCACAAAGUACACCCAGGGGGCGAGGUUCCUCUGUACUGAUGCUGACUGCCCCUGCUCUACAGGUUUCCACCACAUUCGGGUCCACGCACCCGGAGCUACAGAGUCAGCCACAGUGAGAAAUGACUUCAGCUGCACGAUCUGCAGCUCCCAACUGAAAGAGGAUGUGAAGUUCAGGGUUUUAGGAGACAAACAGCUUGUGGAGCUGAUCCAUGUCAAAGCACUGGAUGUUCUAAGAAGCCAUCAGCAAAGCGCCACGAGAUACCAGUCUGUUACUCUGUUUCUCAGAGACGAGCUGUGUAACUCUAUGAGAAUCGGUCGAUUUUACCGGGUGUUGGGCAUUCCUGCGCAUGUGCACCAAUGGCCCAACAUUACCUGGAGUGUGGAGGCAAAUAGCGUCCAACCGUGGGAACCAGAGUAUGGCUGUGAAGUCAGCCCUCGCUUGCAGGAACUGUUGAAGGCCACUGUCUCCUCUCCAUGGAGGUUCUCAGCAAUUGUAGCUCACUGCUUUGGGUUGGACAUGGCUCCUCUGGGCUUGUACAACACUCUGAAGAUGAGCUUGCUGCUUAGUUUGGUGCAGACCAGAAUAGAUGAAAAAGACACAUUUCACAACUUGGAUCUACUUGUUGUCACUGCUGACACGCUCAUACUCGACAGACUAAUGGCAUACAGCUUGAGUUUGGCAUAUCGUGGGGUUAGGCAUCAGGCCUCGAGGGAGAUGUUUGCAUGCCUGUCCCGGGAUGAACACGGAACAGGUACUGCCAAUAUCCGUGCUGGUUCUGCCCUGCUAGCCACUGGGGGGAUUUGCAUGUUGGGAGAUCUCAGCUGUUACAAAAAGGACAAGUUGGAUUCCAUUCAGUCAGUUCUGGAGAGUCGCACACUGUCUGUGUUCAUCCCCGGAAAGAAAUAUGGUGAGGAUGCAGACCAGCAGCUUUCCUUCCCAGUCCAGUGCAGCUUUUGGGCCCUCGCCGACUCCUCCUGCCGAUCUGGGAGGGCAGACUGUGCCGCACCGGGAACAGCAGAGAUGGGUCCUGUACCAGUUCAGUUGGCAGAUGCCUUUGGCCUUGUCAUUGAGUGUAAGGACAGGGUUGGAGCGCAGACCCUGCUUGCCCAGACUGUCCACACCCUCCAGCAGGCAGUACAGUCUGGAAACCUCCAUGACCCAUCCUGCUGGGAGUUUUCCACGCAAGACUAUCGGGAGCUGGUGGCCCAUGCACAAGGUUUGCAAGUGGAGCUUAGCCCUGCAGCAGAGAAAAUGAUCCUUGGUUACUACAUGGCGAGCCGCAGAGUUCGCUCGCAGGGUGUCAAGAUGUCUGUGGCCUCUGUCAAAUUACUGAUCUCUCUGGCUGAGGCUCAUUGCAAGUUAUGUCUCAGAACUAAAGUACUGGAGCAGGACGCCGUGAUCGCUGUACUCCUGUGUGAAAACUCAGUCUCACUCAAACAUGGGGCCUCUGCUCUCAUUAUCCCACCUGAUCCAGUGUUUCCGUGUGACCUGGGAGACGUGGACGGUUUGCGCAGGAGAGACGCUGCUCUGGAUGAGCUCCACCAGAACAUCUUACAGUUCAUCUACGCUUACGCACCCGGAGCAGACACAUACAUUACAGAGGAGUAAAGCCUCUCUAACAGGUUUAAAAAAAAAAAAAAAAAUGCAGAGUUCGAGUCAAAUGGGCAAUAUAGGUGGUGGCCAGUAUCAGCACGUCGAGUUUAGACAGCUUGGUGUCCGGCGGCACAGACGGCAAAGUCCUUUGGAGCUCCAGGAACGCGUUCCUCAGCGUUUGCACCCGGCUCCUCUCCCGCGCUGCAUUCGCUGCUGCAGGGCGUCCUCUGCCGCCGACCCCGCCGCUCUGGAGCACCCUGGCACGGUGGAGCUCCCGACGACGAUGAUCGUCCGGACUGGGGCUGGAGCUCGGACUGGAUGCUGGACUGUCAUCCACCACUGCUCCGGAGCAAUUACCGCUGUCCAUUCGGAGCGCCUGUCUUCCAACCAUCGGGCUGCACUUACUGACCUAGAUAAAGAAGCAUUAUUGCACAUUUGAUUUGAACCUUAGCUAUAACAUUCAGCUCUUUUAGAGACAAAUUACAGUAUUUAUUGGAACCUGCUGUUUUGUAGCAAAUGUUCUACCUUAGGCUUAAUUUUAAAUAUAUAUUCCAAUCUACACUA